CGCGAGCCGUCGGCCGGCAGCCCGCCGCCGCGGCUGCGCGCCGCGCCCGCGCCGCCGCCGCACCCGUUGCUGGAGGCCCGGCGGCUGCUGGAGGGGGGCAGCCCAGCCGCGGCCGGGAGCAUCUUCGAGGGCAUCCUGCAGGUGGAGCCCGACAGCGCGGAGGCCCUGCUGGGCCUCGUGGACUGCCAGGAGGCCCUGGGCGGCGCGGACGCGGCCCUGGAGACGGGCAUGCGGCUGCUGGAGCUGCAGCCGGAGAGCGGGGAGGCCAACCUGCGGGUCGCGGAGUUGCUGCUGGCGGCCGGCCACGGGGCGGCCAUGGCGGCCCCCUACCUGAAGCAGGUGGACGCUUCGCUCCGCGAGGCCGGCGAGGUGGCCGGCUUCUCCGACGAGAGGUCGCUGAAGUUCCGCGCAUGCUGCGCCGCCGCGGAGGUUGCCAUGGCGGACGAGGAGCACGCCGCAGCGCUCGCGGCCGCGCAGGAGGCCGUCCGGCUGGAUGCCUCUGCGCCGAGGGGCCUAGUCUUGCUCGGCAGGGCGCGCCUCCAUGUCGCGGACUAUUCGGCCGCGCUGCGCGCAUUUGCGGCAGCGCUUGCCGCGGCUGCCGACGCGGGCGAUCGCCGUUGCCAAGCCACGGUGCACGCGCUGACGGCGCAGGCGAGGGAGAGGCUGCGACAGCACGCCGAGGCGCUGGAGGAGGCGCGCAGUGCACUCGCUGUGGAGCCAGGCCACGUGCUGGCGCGCGUGGUGCUCGCCACCGUGCUGCAGCAGUCUGGCAGCCUGCAGGAGGCGGAGCGGGAAUUGCAGCAGGCCCUGGACUGCCACCCGUGCGACCCGGGGGCGCAGCUGCAGCUGGGCUACUGCCAGCUGCUGGGCGGCAGGGCCGAGGCGAUCUCCACGCUCGAGGAGCUGCUGCGGCGCGAAGGCGCGCCGCGGAGCGUCCUCGGGGCCGCCAGGGUCUACCUCGCCCUGGCCCUGGACGCGCACCAGCCGCCCGGCCACGAGCGGAGCGUGGAGGCGCUGCUGGGGGAGGCGCUGGGGCUCCACCGCAACUUGGCGCGCGUCUGGCGCGACGCCGAGGCGGGGGACGCCGACCAGGCGGCCGCGGCCGUGCAGCGCCUGCGGGGCAUCUGCGACCUCGACCUCAACACGCUCCAGGCGCGGCAGCUGCUGCGGCUGCUGGCGCUCCGAGCCGGGCGCGCCGACCUCGCGCGCGCGCUCGCGGCGGCGCACGCCCAGCAGGCGAGGGGCGCCGCGCACGGCGCCAGGUCCCGCUGCCCGUCGUCGAACCCGCCGAGCCGCUGGUCGUGCCCGGAGGGCCCCCUCCUGAGCCUGGCCGCCUCUGGCGCCUCGACGCCGCUGCUGGCCGGGCGCGGCAGCCCCGUGCCCACGGGAGGGCCGCCCACCCCGCAGGCGGCCUGGCCGCGGAGCCCUUCGCAGCCCCUCGGGCAGGGCGCCCCGCCGCACGAGGCCUCCCGCCGGGGGCGCUCGCGGGAGCCGCAGGUCUGGCACCGGGGGUCGCCCGUGGACGCCUCGGCCGCUCGGGCUCCGAGCCUCGCGGGCUGGCGGGCGUCGCGCGAGCACUCGCGGGAGCGGCCGACCGCGGCUUCCGAGGGCGGCGACGUGCUCACGAUCCGGAUGGAACGAGCUGAUCCAUCAGGAGGAGCUGUUGGUCGGACCGCUGCUGGGCUCCGGGAGCUCUGCCCAGGUCUACCGCGGCUCUUGGCGGGGGCGGGAGGUUGCGAUCAAGCAAAUCUCCGGCGUCGCGCACCUCGAGGAGCUGCAGAAGGAGAUCUGCGUGCUGCGGCGCCUGCAGCACCCGAGGCUCGUGCAGCUGCUGGGGGUCUGCCUGCAGCCCCCGCUGCUGGUGGUGGUCACGGAGCUCGUGGCGGCCGGCUCCCUGUACGACCGCCUCUUCGGGAGGGCGCCAGGCCCGCCGCUCACACCGCCGCAGCGGCGGGCGAUCGGCUGCCACGUGGCCGAGGGCGUCGAGUUCCUGCACUCCCAGCGCGUGGUGCACCGCGACCUGAAGUCCACGAACAUCCUGCUGGGCGCCCAGGGGGCGAAGAUCUGCGACCUGGGCCUCGCGCAGCAGAUGGGCGUCGCCUCGACGAGGAUUGCCCGGAGAAUAGACGGCGAGGGCGGUUCCCCGAGGUACAUGGCGCCGGAGUGUUGGGAUGCCGCUCUCGGCAGCCUGACGGAGAAGAUGGAUAUCUGGUCCAUGGGAUGCGUGCUGCUCGAGCUGCACGGCGAGCAGCUGCCGUACGCCAACUGCACCAGCAUGGUCCAGCUCUCCGCGAUGAUCCUCGUGGAGAAGCGGCCCCCAGCCAUCCCAGAGUCGGUUCCGCAGUGCCUGGCGGCGCUCAUACGCAGCUGCUGCGCCUUCGACCAGAACUGCAGGCCGACGGCGGUCGAGCUGCUCUGCGAGCUGUCACGGCAGGCGGGCGGGUGAGGCGCCCAUGGUGCGCGGGCGGCCCAGCGCACGCUGGGCCCCGCCUCCAGGUCGGCAGGCUUCCAGGCUGCUUGCGCUUGUUGCUCUCGAAGAAGAGACAACUAAAUGUUCAUGGGUUUUUACUCGUCUUCUAUAUUCGCGCUAGCCGAGAGGGUUUAGACCGCCAUCUUUACCAGACGGGGAAGGGUAAGAUGGCGAAGCCACCUACGACUGCGUGUUGCCUGCUCAUCGUCGGCCCGUGAUGAGGACGUUCGCGGAGGUCAAGGGAGAUCGGUUCCUCACGGGAGCCGUAUUGGCGAGUCCACGUUUUGAUACGAUCUGUUUGAUUUUGCCUUUCUGACCCGCCCCCGACGAAUCGUAAGUAGGUGGAGGCGCAAAGCAGUCUCCAUUUCUUUGUUGUUUGGCAUGCUCAUCUACUAGCAGGAGCAUGUGGAUAGUCUGCGUCUCCGCACGUCAGAACGUGGUGUUUGGGAGGGG